GCUGGCCCUGUAUUGGUUUUAUAUUUAAAAGCAGAGAAUGCUUCCACGUCUUCUUCCAUUGUUUCGGCGAAAUUAGAUCUGAAAUCCCGUCCGGCGAUCUUAAUCGGAAACCAUAUUUCGGAUCCAUUACGAUUCUCUGGACAACUAUAUAUAAUCCAUUCAAUCUUUAGAUGGCUAAUAGAGGAACUGUUUCUAAUAACUCAGCUCUCAUUUCUAUGAUUGCUGAUGAGGACACCAUAACUGGAUUCCUGCUGGCUGGUGUGGGCAAUGUUGAUUUGCGCAGGAAUACAAACUACUUAAUCGUCGACUCAAAAACAACUGUAAAAGCAAUUGAAGAUGCAUUCAAAGAUUUUACCUCAAGGGAGGAUAUUGCUAUCGUCUUGAUUAGUCAAUAUGUCGCAAACAUGAUAAGGUUUCUAGUUGAUAGCUACAACAAGCCCGUCCCCGCAAUCCUUGAAAUUCCAUCCAAGGACCAUCCAUAUGAUGCACAACACGAUUCGGUUCUUUCACGAGUCAAGUACCUCUUUUCUUCUGAAUCAGUGGCUGGAGACAGGCGGUAGUUUCAUAUGCUUCUUCUGGUUGUUUAUCUGUAUUUAUAAACUUCAAGUGCUAUUCCCAUUUGUAUUCCUAUUGUAAUAAGUAGUCUUCUUUUCUAUUUAUUCCGGAACUGUAACUGCAAUUUGACAAACCCUGUUGUGAGAAAUAUUUAAAAUAAGUUUUAUGGUUCGAGUUGGAUUCCACAAAUACAAUGUAGCUAGUUAGCUCUUGCA